AUGGAAGGCAUAAAUUCCCAUGAUUUGUCUGUAAUGCGGUUAUCUGUUGCAAAAAAGUUCAUGUCGUUUAAAGUGUUCCUGUCUGAUUCUUGUCCAAAGUGUGGCUUUACCGUACUUGAGGAGGAUGUUAAGUUGCACUGUCAUACAUGCGGAAGGGCAUUCCAUUUAAAGCCAUACUGCAUCGAGAAAGAUCUGGCCGCUCUUGAAGACAACGAUAAAUUCUCUUGCACACUGUGCAACAUUGGAUUUUGGGCCCUUGAGGACCUGCGAAAUGUGGAACGUAUGGAGAAAGAUGUUUUUGUGUCUGAGAAAGCUACAGAAUCACUGCCAUGUUCAACUGUCGACACGGAUGCAGAGACAGUCAACCGCAACGGAAUUAAACAAAAGACCCUUGAGGACCUGCGCGAUGUGGAACGUAUGGAGAAAGAUGUUUUUGUGUCUGAGAAAGGUACAGAAUCACUGCCAUGUUCAAAUGUCGACACGGAUGCAGAGACAGUCAACCGCAACGGAAUUAAACAAAAGGAAAUGAGAUUACGGCGACUAUGUUCCAAGAAGAAGAGAUCGUCUUGGGAGUACCAGGAGCUAACUAGGCCCAAGAAGAGAAAGCAGACAUUCUGUGUCUGUGACAGGCCUGAUGAUGGCAGGUUGUAUUGGAUGUGUGACCAUUGCAAGGACUGGGUGCAUCCAGAAUGCAUCAAACGGGACCAUGCAGACUGUCCCCAGCCUUUUUUGUGCCCAUCAUGUUUGGACGUCCACAUAAGGAAAUGGGAAGUCACUGACAGUGCCGAAAAAUGUGGAUUUGAAGAAUCAGAUGGUCCGGAAGAUGUCGAGCGUUUUCUCAUAACGUUGGACGUGGCAGUGAAACUGGUCCCUGUGGCAUACAAAACGUGCUUUUCCAUUGUCACAUCGACGGUGGAAGACAGUGACGUUUUGUGGUUGCAAAACCAUUGCAAAUUUAUUACAAACGUAGACGCGGCACCAAAAAGUUCCAUCGGAUAUGGAUUUGGCGUUUUCACGUUAGAGGCACUGACUGUCGUAGAGAAAAACAUCCAAGAUACCUUUUCAGAAAAUGGGAACCACCCUUUGGUAAAGCUCGUAGCUAACGAAAAGCUGAAAUCAGCUUUCAAGAAGAACAAAAGACUAGUUUCAUCGUAUACAGAAUCCGUCCUCGUCAAGGAAGCGUGUUCAGUGAUCAUGCAAGAGGUAUAG